AUGAUUUUAAAGUUAAUAAUGAUUAUGAUACUAAUUUUUAUAUUGAAAGAUAUAACUAGGUAUUUAAAUAAAGAUAUGCCUAUUAUUAAUAAAUGUUUACUAAUAAUAGCACAUCCAGAUGAUGAAUCUAUGUUCUUUUCACCUUUAAUAAAAAUACACAAACCUCAUCUGUUAUUAUUUUGUUAUUGUAAUGAAGAAAGAAAGAAAGAAUUUAAGAGGUUUUGUAAGUACAAAAAACUGAAGUGUUUUAUUGUGGAACAAAAAAGAAAUUAUCAUGAAGUAUUUAAAGAUGGUAUGAAUUGGGAUAUUAAUUUAAUGAAAAAUAUAAUUAAAGAUCAGAUUAAUAAAUAUAAGUAUAAGACUGUAAUUACAUUUGAUGAAGGAGGUGUUUCUGGCCAUUCAAAUCAUAUUUCAUGUUAUAAAGCUGUAAGUGAACUUGAAUAUGAGUAUAAAAGUAUAAAAUUUUUGUAUCUUAAAACAGUUAAUCUCUUUGAAAAAUAUUUAAUAUUUUUGAGACGACCCAAUUUAUCUAUUAGAAAUGUUUUAUUUAAAAAUAUGCUUUUUUAUCCUUCUCAGCUGAAAUGGUAUAGAUAUUUAUGGUGUAUAUUUUCUAACUAUCAAUGGUUUAAUGUAUUUAUUGAUAAAAAAAUUUUAACAUAA